UUGACAAGGCAGCAACAAAUCUGUUUUUGGAUGUCCAGAACUCAAAACUCUGCCACAAUGAUGCUUCUUUCAGGGCUUGUUGGUCUGCUGCUGGUGCUGACAGCUGAGGCCAGAGUUGGAGACUCCUCUGAGUUACAAUUCUGCACUGAGACGGACGAGUGUCUGCUGUUUGAUCCUAUUUGUCAGAUUAAUGAUUUGGAGGUCCGUCACUACAGCUCUGUGAAAUGGGUUUCAACUAAUCAGUCAUCCGUCUUAAUGGAAUUUGCAGCAAUGAGCACAUUCAGACGACUAUUUAACUACAUCAGAAGUUCUAACGACCAAGGAGUGGAAAUUGACAUGACCUCUCCAGUUCUUGUCAGUAUGCCUCAAAAGAAUUUCUGGGAAAUGGGUGUCUUCACAAUGAGUUUCUUGCUGCCAGAUAAAUAUCAGCAAAGCACCCCCAACCCAACGAAUGACAGGGUGUACAUCCAUGACACACCAGACAUGACGGUGUAUGUUCUGAGCUACGGUGGAUGGAUGACGACCUCUUCCAUCAACAAUGCCUUUAAGCAACUGUCCACUCAACUGGACGCCAUUGGUGCCAAAUACAGAAAAGACACCCGCUAUGCUGCAGGAUACAACAGUCCAAUGACGAUGGGGAAGAGGCACAAUGAGGUGAUGUUUGUUGUUGAGGGGGAGCCAGCGUGUCCCAGCCAGGACUAACCAGCUGGACCUUCACUCCAACUUCAAGUCAUAUUGUGUCACAUAAUUAAACUUGUGAUAACAGCUUGGACUUGGAAAAUAAAAUACAAAAAUUAAAUCCACCACGUGAUGAGGGUUUUCUGUUGGAUUCAAUAAAGAUACCCUCCCUAA